GUUCUCGCAGAAGUGUCACCGCUUCACUUACAGUUACUGUCAGCUGCUCCGGACGAGUUGAGUCACCCCCGAAACGCAAACCAAAUCUUUUGAAAAUGAAGUGUUUCAUUGCCAUCGCUUUGCUCGCCGUUGCCGUCAGUGCAUCGCCGGUCGAAUACGGCCACUAUGGUGCCCCCGCUCUGGUCCAUGCCCCGCUCGUGCACCAUGCCCCUCUGGUGAAGCAUGUCGUCGCUGAGCCAGUGGCCUACCCGAAAUACUCGUUCAACUAUGGCAUCAAGGACCCGCACACCGGCGAUAUCAAGUCGCAGGCUGAGGAGCGCGACGGAGAUGUCGUCAAGGGCCAGUACUCCCUCGUCGAGCCGGACGGUUCCGUGCGCACCGUCGACUACACCGCCGAUGACCACAACGGUUUCAACGCGGUCGUCCACAAGUCGGCCCCGGCCGUCCAGAAGGUGAUCGCCGCCCCGGUCCACGCCCACUACGCCCACGCCCCCGUCCUCAGCCACUACGUCCACUAGAGCGGACCGUCCGGACUCCUCACGACAGCACCAACAACAACACUCUCUAAGCAUAUCCAUCACUCGUUAGUUAGUAUCGUAGUCAACUCAACUCUCACCACUGGGCCCCUGACGGAAGAAGGAAGAACCCUGCCGUGCGGCACCCAAGCCAACACAUACAAACGCACGCACACACAAACACACAAACGUAUGGGUUGUUCACGCCAGACCAUGCCAUGCCGACGCCGUUAAGAAGGGGGUUGGGAAUGGGAGAACCACCGCCCAGGAGGGCCGUUUAGUUCGUUACCUACAUAGCUGCGUAAGGAUACUGCUUGAUGGCCGCCGUCCCACACCCACUAUCCCCUGCACCAAGUCAGCUGCUUGUCUCUUCAAUCCUUUCCGGCUCAAUCGGAUCCCAUGUCCCCAUCGCCAGCACUCCGCGGCGCCUAAAUCGCCGCAACACGCACGGCACGGUUCACGGCUGAAGGGAGCUUUUUUUGCAAGCUUCCGGCGGCGGUUACCGGGCGCGCGAUGCGAAUCCGAUUGGCGAUGGUGGUGUUGUGAUGCGAAGGCGGCUUCUUCCUUUCGGCUUCCGUCUACCCUGGCUAUUAUUGUUUUGUUUCCAAUGAUCUUCCAAGGAGUGACCUCCCCCAGGGAGUCCUGCUAUGAUCCUUGUACCUCCCGCUCGUACGGGUGUAGUGCGGCAUGCCGAGCAGGCCACACGCACACCCUCGCGAUGCACACACUAUCUCUAUCUCUCUGUGAUCUGUUACUGCUAUUGAUGCUGCAACUACUACUACUGCUAUUACUACAAACAUUACUACUACUACUACCACUACUAUUGCCAUUACUAUUGUGCUCCUCCCCACCCAAAAGAAAAACGAACACUGACUGGCCGGCUACCGCUCUGCCCAGGGCUAUGUUUCUUGUUGCGCCAUCAUAUAGCAAACCAUAUCGGUGAUAAAAAAAGGACAGACGGGCUGGCACCAGCAUAUAUUGUGAACGGAAGAGUAAAGAAAACGAAACAAAAAAAACGUUAUGCUCCCGGUACGCACCGUAUGAUUCAAUCCACCAAACCGAAAGGAUUCGUUACGGUUGCGACACCCAGGUGGGGUAGGAACAAUAAAAAAAAAACACAAACAACCAUUAGUGGAGCAAAGUUAUCAUCCGUGUGAAACCAGGCACACUGCAUCAGAACUGUAAAUAAUGAAUAAAA